AUUGGCUAUAGUGCUAACUACGUUUCUUACAGCCUCUGGGAGAUCAUGGUUUGUAACAUCUGUGGAUCUCAAGGUUGCCACGUUGGCUGUGGAGAUGUAUCAAUCAAAAUGAUGUACUGGGAGUGUAUGGAAUGUGCAACUGUCAGUUCCAAAGUGGAUGAAAGAAGGUCAUCUCUAGCUACUCCAAUAAAUACUGACGUAGUUGAGGUAGAAUCUGCACACGAAGUCCUGAACCUAGAAACAUCCCCAGAUAAGGAUACCUUCGGUAGGAAACAACAGUUCCCGAAGGAAGGAGUGCCAACAAAGAAAAAUAAAAAAAAGAAGAAAAAGAAAAAGAAAAAAUCCACUUCUCCAACUCCAACCUUAGUUACACUCAAAAAAACAAAAAAGAAGAAUUCCAGCAGUAAAGAUGAUAAUAAGUUGUUCCCAGGCAAGAUGGAAUGGACAUAUGGUGAGGUGGAACAGUUGAAAUCUUUCACUACUCAAGCUGAAAGAACUGCAGAAGCACAAGAAUCUUCGAAGGUGGAAAAAUUACCAGUUACAAGUUCUGUCCAACUUGCAAGGAAAAAGCUGGCUCAAGAGUCCAGACGAGGGAAUAAGAGAAAAAGAUCACACUCACGUACUGAAGAAAAUUCUGUUUUGAUGUGCAAGAAGAAGAAGCAAACAGAACCACUGGGAUGCAAAAGAUCAGUCAUUGGAAAUGUUGGUACAUUGCAAGACACCUCACAAACUUUAAAAAAGAAAACCUGGGCCUUUAACGAAGAAACAUUGGCCAACUGUGAAAGUUCUAAAGCACCUCUACCAAAAUCUUUGAACUCUGACAAUCACAUUUCGGCACAUUCUACAGAAACUAGUAACAAUGGUUGUGUUAUUGUAAAGUUCAAGAAAUCAGAAAUGUAUUUUAAUAACAGAUUAAAUAAUAUAGAGUCCACUACAGACAACAGUAAUGUUGAAAUAAAUCAUGCAAAAUCUCUGUCUAUUGGCAACAGUAAAGUAGACUGUACCAGAGCUAUAGAAACUUCUGUUAGCCAAACAAACAAAACUAAGAAUGAAGAGACUUCUGUUUGCCGAACAAAUAAAACUAAGAAUGAAAAGACUUCUGUUUGCCGAACAAAUAAAACUAAGAAGAAAAAUAACAAAGAUAGAUCUAAAUUUAUUGGUUCUGAUAACAAAUCUUCUGUUGAAAACUCCAACAUAAUUCAAACUAACAUCGCCAACACAAUUUUAAGCUUUAAGGUACCCAAAAAAAAUAAACUGUUAGAAAGAUCUUCCGUUUUAAGCUUGCAAAAUGUUCCUUGUGGAACAUUUAACCCAAGUUAUUCAAGUGAAAUGAAGAUUAAUCCAUCUGUCAAUAUCAAAUCCAUAGAGCAUAUUCCAAUCAGUUGUAAAAAGAAUUUUUCAGCACUUAUUAACCAUGAAAUGUCAUCACUUGACAUCUUAAACCAGUUAGAAUUUAAAAUCCGAGACUCGUCAACAGUUGGUCAAAAAGACUCCUGUAUACUAGAAGUUUUCAGGAAAGAAAACAAGAAGACAGGACCUUCAGUAAAAGUAGGGUGUUACACUAUUCCUCUCCACAGUAACUGUAAAGACAGAUGUAAAGAUAACAAUACCAGCAAGAAAAAACGAUUAUUAUCAGAAGAACAAGCUAUAACAUUGAUGGUUCCUGAGAACAGAGAUUGUCAGCUAAAAAUGCCUCAAACUGCUCGGAAAAGCUUUCCAAGGACACGAGUAUCAUUUCCCAUCAAGCUAUCUCAUCAGAAAGCGAAACCUAAAGAAACAUUAACUUAUGAAGACUUCAUCAAACAAAUCACUAGAGUUUCUUCAUCUUCAGUUAAAGAAAUAUCUCGGGUUAAAACACCAAAGUCUGUGACAAAGUCCAGUUUUAAAAAAAAGGACACGUGCACAAAAUCAAAAAGUUCUCAAAUUGUAGAUGUGAGCGUGGUUCGGAAACAUGGGAGAAAAUCGGUGAAGAAAAGCUCAAGUAACAAAAAGCAUUAUUCAAAACAGUUAUCAAUAUUAGAUUUUGUUGUCAAAAGUGCUUUGCCCAUGUUUCUUAAACAGCAGAAUAGUAAAGAUGAACCACAGCCAAGCACUAGUUCUUACUGUGUAAGUUAUAUGGAUGGUAACAAUGACACCACAGAGGAGGUGAGAAGCCCGCCAGAUGAAGAGAGCCAUUCCAAAAUGAUAAGGUGUCUUCAUUAUCCCAAGGACAUUCCUGAUAUAAUUAAAUCCCAUGUUUCAGCAGGACCAUCACAUCAAUGUUCAGUGCCUUAUUAGAAAUUACUUUUCAGCAACUAUUAAGUAUUUUAUUAAUAUAAGUACUGAGGAUUACUUCUGUACAAACACAUCUUGUUAAUGUGUUUUUUGAACUUUGUCACUAAAUUUACCACGUGUAAAUACUUUAAAUAACAGUUCUUUGCUUUUAUGUUUAAAAAUUGCUAAAACAAAAUUGAAUUUAUCAUCCUUAGGUUCUUGAAAUUAGACUUUCCCAGCAACAGUGAACUCUGAAAACGUUUCAAAAACUACAACACGUAUUAAUGAUAAAGAUGACAGUUGAACAAAACAGUUGUAUUUAUGGAAGGUUCAUACUUUUAGAAAUGUGUAUUCCAAAACAUUCAAAUCUUCUGUAAAUAAAAAUGUUUCGUUAGCCGUCUUCAUAUUUAUUGUUAACUUUGUUUUCCCCCAUCACAAAAUAUUUUUAAUGAUAAUUAUUUUUAAAUAUUAUACUUAUCUUUCAUAGGCAAAGGGGUGGAAAAAUGUUGUUUCUUACAGAAAUUCUUGGUUUGUUUUAAUAAACUUAAUAUAAAUUGUAGUAUUUUCUAAUGGUCUGUACAAUUAUGUUUAUCAACAAAACUAAAGUUUCAAAAAGUUAAAAAUUUUCCCUAAUAAUGUUUUUGCUUACUCACAAUUAAUUUUACAAAGUUUCCAAUUACUUUAAGCAUGUCUUCUGGUUAGCAGUUGUAAAACAAAUGUAGACGGGUUUAUUUUAAUCUCCUACUACGUCAAGGUAAUUUUAGCAUCUGUAGAAUGUGGAAAAUACAUUAAAUAUUUUCCUAGUAUCUAUUUUUCAUAUUGAAAAAAAAUUAAAUUUAGAGGUUAUAAACAACGUAUUUCAUUGUGUUCUAACAGCAGCAAGUAAUUAUACGUAUUCAAUUUUUAUAUGAUCAUGAGAAAUGUUCGUUGUAACUACAACUUAAGUCAUGUUUUUUUUGUAACGCAUGGUAACUGUUUGCCAAAUCUUAUUGUUUAAUCUGUAAGAAUUGUUUUAACAGCAGUUUGUAAGACCUCGUAGAAACUGAUUUAGUUCUGAUGACUGGUUUAAUGGCUGUUACUGAUUUUGAAUAAAAAAAAAAGUGUACCGAAAUGUUGGGUGAUACCCUAAAAAAAACACAGGCUAAAAUAACACCAGCAGUUCAUUUUGCGUUUAAAGAUACAAAUUUAUAAGAAAAACUGGGAACUAGUAAAGGAAUUUCUUACGAAAUAGGUAAUAAUUUUUACACUUGCCUUAUUUAAAUUUAGGUAUCUUUUUUUUAUCCUGAACUGUAAAAAAAAAAGAAUAGUUUAUUAUUUGUGGAUGACACUUAGCACAUUUUAAAAAAUAAUAUCUUUAAGUUAAUUUUUAUAGACAGAUAUCAACAAUGUAUCAGUAUAGCCGAUGUACUACUUCAUGUGAAUAGUCAAAUCUUAAUUGUUGGUGUAGCUCAGUUGUAAAAUAUAUGCAAUAUUCUCUAGUUUUACAAAUUUAAAAGUUUUUCUACAUCACAACCCCAAGAAAACUGCUUCUUUGAUUUUAACUUGAUUUUUAUAUUGAAACCACUUUGUAACAAGAUGAAUGUGACAUCAAUCAACCCCUCCUCCUAGUUGUGUGGAAUGAACGUGAGCAUAUUAAGUUACUUGCAACCGAGUGUAUUUUAUAAACAAAAACUGAAGUUUAUUAGAUGACAAUGGAAGCAUACCAUUUAGAAAUACACCAUUCCUUUGACACUUGUGGAACGAAUGCGAGUAUAUCAAAUUAUCUGCUACGAUGUUAUAUUCCAGAAAGAUUGAACAUUUAGAAAGCCAUCACCCCCUUAAGACCUGUUUUAGGAUAUCAACCAAAGAACUAAACAUAUUUUAAGAUCAAUUUUAUUUGGCUAGCAGUCAGCUGCUGUGUUCAUGUCGAUGGUUUACGUCAAAGU